AUGAAGGCUUCCAUCUCUCUCCUGGCCGCCGCGGCUACCCUCGCCGCCGCUCUCCCGUGCCAGGACCCAUCCGCCGGGUGCGGUGUCACCGGCUGGACCGGCUCCAGAAUCGCCGCCCGCGCCGACGUCCUCGCGUUCCCUGGCGCCGAGGGCUUCGGCCGCUACUCCGUUGGCGGCCGCACCGGCUCCGUCUACAAGGUCACGAACCUGAACGACUCCGGCACCGGCUCCCUGCGCGAUGCCGUCUCCCAAGCCAACCGCAUUGUCGUCUUCGACGUCGGCGGCGUCAUCAAGAUCAGCUCGCGCAUCGUCGUGUCCAAGAACAUCUACAUCGCCGGCCAGACGGCGCCCGGCGGCGGCAUCACCGUCUACGGCAACGGCUUCAGCUGGAGCAACGCCAACAACGCCAUCGUGCGCUACAUCCGCAUCCGCAUGGGCAAGGGCGGCGACUCGGGCAAGGACGCCAUCACCAUCGCCGACGGCAACAACAUGAUUUUUGAUCAUGUCUCCGUCUCGUGGGGCCGCGACGAGACCUUUUCGAUCAACGGCGAGGUGUCCAACGUCACCAUCUCGGACUCCAUCAUCGCGCAGGGCCUGGAGACGCACUCGUGCGGCGGCUUGAUGCAGACCAACACCGGCGGUGUUUCGCUGUUCCGCAACGCGUACAUCGAUAACAAGACUCGCAACCCGAAGGUGAAGGGCGUCAACGAUUUCCAGAACAACGUUGUUUACAACUGGGGCGGCGGUGGCGGCUACAUUGCUGGAGACAGCGAUGGUGCAAGCUACGCCAACAUCAUCAACAACUACUUCAUCUCCGGCCCCUCCACCUCCGUCACCGCCUUCACCCGCGGCAACGCCAACUUCCGCGGCUACGUCAAGAACAACUUCUACGACUCCAACAAGGACGGCGUCCUCAACGGCGCCGCCCUCUGCGAGUCCACCACCUGCUACUCCAACAUGGCCAUCCAGACCACCGCCUUCGCCUACCCGGCCCCCGCCAAGCUGCUCUCCCCCGCCGACGCCGUCACCCACGUCUCCGCCAAGGUCGGCGCCUCCAUCGCCCGCGACGCCGUCGACGCCGCCCUCGUCAAGCAGAUCGCCUCCUACGGCAAGUCCGGCGCCCUCAUCUCCGACGAGGCCACCAUGGGCGGCGUCGGCACCAUCGAGGCCGGCACGGCCAAGAAGGAUACCGAUGGUGAUGGUAUCCCCGACGAGUACGAGACUGCGAACGGCCUGAACGCCAACGACAAGUCUGAUGGUAUGAAGAUUGGGGCCGGCGGGUACACCAACCUCGAGAUCUACGUCAACUCUCUCGCCCCGGCGGUUUACUGA